AAGAAAGAAAGAAAGAAAGAAAGAAAGAAAGAAAGAAAGAAAGAAAGAAAGAAAGAAAGAAAGAAAUGGGGGGAUCCUGGAAUAUGACAAGUCACUGAGACACAAACAUAUCUCCAGAGCAGAGUCCACCUCUUCUUAACAGUGCAUCACUGAAUUUCUGAGACAGAGUUUCAAUCAGCAGACCAGGAGAUGAGUCUUGGAAAGCUACCAGUGAUUGGUUGGGUGUCUGGCUCCCACAGUAAGCGCCGCCUCAAAACGGAGCUGACGCCAGAUAUGAUCAGCCCACCGUUGGGGGACUUCCGCCAUACCAUGCAUGUGGGACGAGGCGGUGAUGCCUUUGGGGACACUUCCUUCCUCAGAAACCAUGGUGGUGAGGAAGCUAAACCUGACAACUUCUUUGCUCGGACGCUGCGACAUGUGAGGAGAAGCCCACUAAGGAACAGAGGAAGUAGAAGCAAGGAUGAGGCCUCACCUACACCCCCUGCCAUCUCGCCCAUCAUCAAGAAUGCUGUGUCACUGCCUCAGCUCAAUGAGGGAAGCUAUGGGAAUGAUGGUCUUGGUGUACCGUUUGCCUUCAAGAGUACCCCCAACAGCUUCUCUGGCUAUGGACUGGAAUCUGGAUUCUGCACCAUUCCCCGUGUUCCUCGCUCAGAGAAGACUCAGGAAAGCUCCCACCCUACUGAAUCGACAUUGAACCGUUCAGACUCCUUACUGUCUUUUCGCCUUGACCUUGGCCCCUCCCUGAUGAGUGAACUCCUCCAUGUCAUCAGCUUCUCAGGAGAUCACAACCACAAGGAAGAGGAAGAAAGAGAAGAAAACAAAAUCUCAAUCAACAAUGAUACUGUCUCACCUCUUCAACCACAGAACACCUGGGUGGAAGAAUCUUUGCCUUGGAGAUCAGGGUCUCUUCCUGCUAAUAGGGAAGAGGGCAUAACUGCAUCAAGCUCUUGGGGUCACUCCAAACCUAGUUCACCACUGGGACACUCAGUGUGUGCCAAUGGAGAUUCUCAUUCCAUAGAGUUGUCUCAGGAAGGGUCUCCCUGUUCUAGGGGAAAGAACCCAGUGUCUGAGCUGGGAGUGGUGCCAAGAGAGACCCGCUGGGAAGGGCACCAGAAUGGCUGCAAUGAGGAAGCAGGAGAAUUCAACCGGGCAGCCCAGGUUUUAGCUUCCCAUUAUGGCAUGGGAGGCACCUACCCCAGUCUACAGCAGCGAGAAGAGUCAAGAAGCCAAGCCUCAUGGGAAAGCCCAGAUGCCAACACGUGGUGCUUGAAGACAGAGCGGCAGGAACACAAGGCUGGAUGGCGCCAAAGGGUAGAGGAGGAGGAAGAGGAGGAGGAAGAAGAGGAAGAAAAGGAGACAGAAGAGUUCUACAUAGAUCGGGUAACCAUUGUUAGAGAGGGACACAGUGAUUCCUUUGAGUAUGUUGAUGAGGAGGAAGAGGAGGAAGUUAAGGUUUGAACAGCCAUAUAUGCUCUCUUUUGACCUCCCAUCACACUCCCAGGGUAUGCCAAUGUUAAAGGGAACAAUGCACCUUGCAGCCUGGUGGGUAUGUGAACUCACAGGGUUAGCCUUCUCUGGAGAUUGUCUAGGUGAUGGUAAGCCGGUGAAGGAGGAGCUCAAUUAUCUGUCUUGCUCUCUCGCUCCUUACUUUGGGGGGUUAAAGAAAGGGAUGGAAGAAGAGCAUCACCAUACAGAAGAGAUUCCAGCCCUUGCUGGCUCUUUCAUUGGCUCAUCACUCUGCAGUGCAGCCAGCAUUUAAAGGUGUUAAUGAGUCCACCUUUUCCUUUAUCCCCAUUGGCUGAGUGAUUCUGUCACUGCAAUUUGUGCCAUGACUCCUCCAUGAAAUUACCUUUGAGAAAAGAAAAAAAAACAGUGAGACCCUCCCCACCUCUGUCAAACGAUUAUAGGAAGGAAAGUACUACGAAAAAGGGCUCACCUCAGGUCUAGGAAGAACAGGAAAACCACAAGACGCAAGGCUUGCUUCGGUCCCAAUGCAACAUGAUCUGCCUGGCUCCAAGGAGAUACUUCUGUCUUCUACUUGAGAGAAAGAUCACAAGGACUAUUCUUCCAGUCAGAUAUACUGACACCAAACCAUCCAACAAGUUUCCUUUCCUCUAAUUAUAAGGAACACGAGACUCGGCUUAGACCUCAAACCAGCUCUUUGGUGUGCAAUCCAUUUCUUCAUUUAUUGAAACCUGGAUUAGA